AUGUCUGGUUAUGCGAAAAUGAUGAAGGACUUGAUGUCCCGCAAGUUCGACUUUCAAGCCUUGCCCACAGUUACACUGACUCAGACCUGCAGUGUUGUUGUGACGAGACCCAUAGCUGAGAAGUUGUCUGACCCAAGGAGUUUCACAAUCCUUUGCACAAUAGGCAACUAUGCAUUUGCUAAGGAACUGUAUUUUGUUAUUCUCGAUUGUCGGGUUGACGAGGAAAUUUCCAUAAUUUUGGGAAGACCAUUCUUGGCUAUUGGGAGAGCUUUAAUUGAUUGUGAAAUUAGAGAGCUCAAAAUGAGAUUAAACGAUGAAGAGAUAACAUUUAACGUGCGACGACCGAGUGAAUUUGCUAAUUACUCUCUAGUAUAUGCCGUGGAUGUUGUUUUGGAGGAAAAAGAUGAGGCAUUAAAGAUCCUCUAG